AUGGCUGCUUCCAACAAUUGCUCAAUCCUCUUCUUGAUCAUCGCAUUAUUGUCCUUAUCAAGCAUCACCACAACCCGUGCUGCUCGCACCCUACUGCAACUUCCAAACUUGCCCACAAUCCAACCAUUGCCUCAGCCAACAAUGCCAAAAUUGCCCACAAUUCCAAACUUGCCAACAGCAGCUACAUUGCCACCAUUGCCAAGUGUCGGAUCUUUGCCAACUCUUCCAACUACUACACCUAAUUUACCAUCUUUGCCUACUUUGCCCUCUAUCGUCCCAAAGAUGACUCUGCCACCAAUGCCCGCUAAUAUUCCUCUUCCCAAAAUGCCCUCACUUCCUACCAUUCCUACACUUGCAACUCCUCCAUCCAACUGA